AAUAAAAUAAUAAAACUAAGUCAAAAUUAUAAGUUAAUUAUGACUUGCUCUUGCUUCCAUUCCAAUAAAAGCUAUUUUCCCGGCGUUCCACCGGAAAGUUCAUCGGGAUGGCAACUAAAGAACUCUACCGGAGAAUUCAGCGUUUCUACAGUUUUCCCAAAAUGACGAGUCGCUUUCAUCGCCUAAUGCACACAAUAUCCGACGAAGAAAACUGCGCGUUAGAAGUGCAGACCCUUCUCAAGAAUAAAGCAGAUAAAUCGGUGAGUGACAUUUUUCAAUCUCUAAGUAAUUGCAAUUUCACAUUAUCUGAAGAUUUCNGAAAACUGCGCGUUGGAAAUUUCAUUCUAAACGUGCUUAAACGGCACCGUUCUGAUUGAAAACCAGCUUUUAUCUUCUUCAAAUGGAUAUUAGCAGGUGAAAAUCCAUGUAGGUAUUCACCAAAUACUGAAUCUUUUAAUAAAAUUCUCGAUAUUCUUGGUCGUAUGAGACGUUUUGAUGAACUCAACCAAGUGCUGGAUGAAAUGUCUAAGAGAGGAAAUUUGGUUAAUGAAAAAACUUAUGGUAUUGUGAUUAAUAGAUAUGCUACAGCUCAUAGAGUUGAAGAUGCAAAAGAGUUUUUCUAUAAGAGGAAAAAUUUUGGCUUGGAACUUGAUCUGAUUGCUUUUCAAACUCUUCUUGUGUGUUUAUGCCGAUACAAACAUGUUGAAGAUGCUGAAUUCUUGUUCUAUAAUAAGAUAAUUGAGUUUAAGGAUAACAUUAAAACUCGGAAUAUUAUUUUGAAUGGAUGGUGUGUUUUGGGGAAUUCACGAGAGGCGAAGAGGUUUUGGAAUGAUAUUGUGACUUCAAAAUGUAAGCCGGAUAAAUUUACAUAUGGGAUAUUCAUCAAUUCACUAUGUAAAUCCGGGAAAAUUAGCAGGGCGGUAGAGUUGUUCCAGACAAUGUGGGAAAAAGGGUGUAAGCCGGAUGUUGCAAUUUGUAAUUGUAUUAUUGAUGGAUUGUGUUUCAAGAAGAGGAUUCCCGAAGCCCUUGAGAUUUUCCAUGAAAUGAAUGAGAGAGACUGUUUACCUGACGUUGUAACUUAUAAUUCGUUGAUUAAGAAUUUAUGCAAGAUUAGGAGGAUUGAGAAAGUUUAUGAGCUUUUAGACGAGAUGGAAACGAAGGGAGAGAGUUGUUUGCCAAAUGCUAGAACUUAUGGUUACUUGUUGACUUCUGCCAAGACGCCUGAGGAAGCUAUUGGGAUUUUGGAAAGGAUGAAUGAAAACCAGUGUAAGAUGACUGGAGAUAUUUACAAUUUGUUGUUAAGGUUGUUUAUGAGCUGGGAUGAUCAAGAUAAAGUAAAGAGUACGUGGGAUGAGAUGGAGAGGAGUGGACUAGGACCCGAUCAACGAUCCUAUACAAUUAUGAUUCACGGUCUGUAUGAAGGGGGAAGAUUAGAGGAUGCUUUGUCUUAUUUUAAUGAAAUGAUAUUAAAGAGUAUGGUGCCCGAGCCACAGACGAACAAGUUGGUGGAUGUCAUGAACACGUUAAAGGAGAAAGGAAAGGAAUUGAAGAAGAUGGAAAUAACGAAAAAGGGAAGGAAGGCCAAGAAUACUGGUUAAUACAUGCUCAGCUAAUUAUUUUUUCUCUUGGCAUGCUAUUUGUUUACAUUAGAACUGAGAAAUACAAGCACUUGGAGGGGCUUCUCCGGAAUGCAAGCUAGCCAAGGUCAGGAAUUUUUUUGUUAUGUGCCUCACACGACUAGUGUAGUCAUGUGAGGCAUUUGUCUCAGAAAAAAGUGUACCAAAAAGUUUAAGAUUCCGGUCCACGUUUUUGUGAGAUAAAAAGAAGCCUCACACAGCUAGUGUCAAUCGUGUGGGGCACAUAAUAAAGUUUUUCCAAGGUUUGUCUUGGGCUCGGGAUUUAAUUAGUAUAAGCUAAUGGGAUCAUCUUACGAUAAAUAUCUCAUGAAAUGGCCAUGAGGAAUUUGGAGUGUGAUUUUGGCUUGUAACUAGUUUCCUGUGUUCUUAAGCUGAUACAGGUUGAAACAAACUUGGAGACACGAAAACUUGAUAGCAUUUCCCUCUUAUCAUGUCAUUUCUUAAAGCAAUGCACUUGUACAUAUUGGGUUUCUUACUUUGCAGGGUAUAUUUAUUGAGAAAACUGCUCUACAAUAUAACCCCACGUUGGAGAAUGGCGAUGUUUAGUUCUGGCCUCGAGUAGCAUGAUGAUUACAUAUAUUGAGUUGCAGAGCUGGUAAUUUCGAUUUUGGGGGUUGUCACAGCCUCACAGGUUCGUCCAUUCUAAUCCUUGAUGUGGUCGAAACCAGAAAAACUAACUUGUUUCAUUGUCCGUGACUCGUGUUUAUGAUGAGUUCACCAUAAUAUAAGACUCAGGUGAUAGAUUGUAUCAGUUCAAUGACGCCAGAAUCAAGGACAAAAUCUAGGUGGAGGUUGUAAAAAUUAGUUGAAGAAUGAAAGUAGUUCUGGAUACCAGAGACCAAGAAGUGGUGUUGUGUUGCAGGUGUAUUGUUUUAAUGAAUACUUUUUCUUGACGGCAGGCUAUCAAUGUCCCAAAAGUAUAACUGAGGAUAUCUGUCUGUCAAUUAUGAUAAUUCGAAAUAUAUUUGUUAUUUUUUCCUUGAAUAAAUUGAAUUGUUGUUCGUCAAA